GCACUCCACACUCCAUCACCUUCGAAGGAAGCAUAUUGCAUUUAGCCUCAUUCUGAGGGUGUUUUCUCACGCAUCCCAUGUACAGCAAGUUGAAGAUGUCCUCCGUGACGCGUGAAGGUUUGUCCUACUAGGAACACUGUCAUCGUAACGUCGGACACUUAAGGCUGCAGUUCGGUGCGGAAGUUUUUGACUCAACAGCGUUGUUUGAGAGGCGAAUGUACAUGCUAUCUGAUUCCGGCAUUGACCUAAGUUCAUCUCGUCGCCGAGAUACGUUAUUGGAUUCUGCUUCCAUGCGUUGCUUGAGCUGGCCAAGAUCUUUUCUACGAUUGCAAUCAGUGUCAUCUAUUGGAAGCCAAACUGAUGCUCAGCCUCUGGAAAUGGUUCAAAAGACAUGGACAGUUGAUCUUUGGACACUUAGCUAGCCUCUAUCAGCUGUCCGCUCUGUGUCUUUAUUGACACUUGCUGCUCAAACACUCUUUUUGAACAUUGAUCAUGGACUACGAUGCAUUCGACGCUCUUUUGCACCAUAUCUUCAAGGAGACGCAAGGGGAUACAUGGUUGAAGCCUUCGGAAGAGCUUUUUCGAACAGGCGUAUGCCUCCGAGUUGGUUCCGGCCAGUUUCGUGUCUUUCCCUACGAAAAUCAUUAUCUCGAGCCUUUUGAGGCUGCCGUCAGGAUCCUCAAUCCUGUUGUCGCAGUCAAGUUGCGAAGUGCGGCGAUCCAUGCCUCAAUCUCCACGGUACCUGAGAGUUCGGACACGAUUUUUAUUGACGAUAGCAAUCGUAUCCAGAUCUUGCCGACCAUGGCGUCUUUACCUCGAGCGGACAAGGAGCAACGUGGUGCCUUCAUUAGGGACGAACGUGUGCUGGUCAUUUGGGCGUACCAGCUCGAUGACAUCAUUCCAACAUACAGAGAAUUCGAGGAUAAGCUCAUCAAACUUGUUUGGAAUCGAAGAUCUACAUUCUCUUCGGCGUUCUCUUUGCCUCAGUCUACGGUGGACUCUGUGGCAACCAUGAAGGCCGACAUAGCGACUGAGAAGGCCCAAGCCGAGGUAUCUUCUAGCGAAAUCAAGAACGAGACACCUGAAGCCUCCAAGGAAUCGAAGCAGAAAGUCCGCAAGGCCCGGAGCUGUGGACUUCGCUAUUGGACAUCGGGCAAGAAUGACGUUGAGAAGCGAGCUGAUGGACCUUCUUCACGUCCCACGCGCCUAUUCGCCGCUGUUUAUGCCGGUAUUGCUACUGCGUUAUCAAUUUACUUCAUUGGCAGUGGUACCGACGUUUUGAUACAAGAGAUCGUCCUCGAUGGUGAUUAUACUCGCCUGGCGCUUCUCCUGACAACUCCCCUGUUCUUUUGUGUAUCACUAUUCUUCUCCCUUCAGAUCAUCGGGAACAUCUCAAUGGUUAUUGGUCCGGUCGCUCAGUACCUCGAGAACUCCAAGUAUUAUUCCGCUGUGUCGCCGGCGCCAAACAAAGAGGUUGAUACCCAUCUUCCUCAUAUUACUAUCGAAUUACCAGUAUACAAGGAGAGUCUCUCUGAAACGAUCGCACCGUCGGUAUUUUCCAUUAAGAAGGCCAUGCAAACUUAUGCCCGUCAAGGAGGUACUUCCGCUAUCCUCGUUCACGAUGACGGUCUCCAACUUGUCUCCGAAGCCGAGAAGAACGAACGCAUUCAGUUCUACGCUGACAAUAACAUCGGCUGGGUUGCUCGCCCACCACAUUCCAGUGCUCCGGACGGUUACAAACGUGCUGGUCGUUUCAAGAAGGCGUCGAACAUGAACUACGGUCUCGCACUCUCGCUGAAGCUUGAAAGGCAUCUUGCCGAUCUCAUUGCCAAGGCUGACGGCUCUGGCGAAGAUAUUGACGAGGAAGAGAACAUCGAGGAACAUGCAUUGGAGUUGGCGAUCGAGGAGAUUUACGAGGAAAGUGGACGCCGCUGGAAGCCUUGGGCAUGUAACGCCAAGUCUAUUCAGAUUGGAGAGAUCAUUCUCAUCGUCGAUGCGGAUACUCUCGUUCCCGAGGACUGUUUCCGCGACGCUGCUCGCGAGCUAGCGGAGAGCCCCGACGUCGCCAUUAUCCAACAUGAGUCUGACGUCAUGCAGGUCGCCCAUCAUUACUUCGAGAACGGCAUUGCGCACUUCACCCGUCGCAUCAAUAAAGCCAUCUCGCUUUGUUGCGCGAAUGGCGAGGUUGCCCCAUUCGUUGGUCACAACGCCUUCUUGCAAUGGUCCGCCCUACAAGAUGCUGCAUUUGUCGACCCGGCCGAUGGGAUUAAGAAGAUAUGGUCGGAAACCAAUGUCUCAGAAGACUUCGAUAUGGCUCUUCGCUUGCAACUGAAAAACUACAUCAUAAGAUGGGCGACAUACUCUGACGGUGGGUUCAAGGAGGGCGUCUCUUUGACCUGCGAUGAUGAGUUGAAUCGUUGGCAGAAGUAUGCAUAUGGUUGCAACGAGUUGAUUUUCCAUCCUCUCAUCGACUGGUGGAGGCAUGGUCCAAUUACGAAACAGUUGCGGAUCUUUAUCUGGUCCGAUGCACCUAUACACUACAAGAUCAGCAUGAUGUCCUACAUGUUCUCUUAUUAUGGUUUGGCUGCAUCGUUCAUCCUCUCAGUCGUCAACUACCUUCUGUUGGGUUGGGAAUUUGAAGUCGACGGAUUCUACCUUCGCAGCUUCGAGAUAUGGCUGGCGUGCACAGUCGUCUUCCCUAUUGCCGGUAACUUGGGUUUCACUCUUCUGCAGUAUCGACUUGGACAACGCAGCCUGCUGGAGGCCCUCAUAGAGAAUGUCACCUGGGUACCCUUCUUCUUUUUCUUCUUCGGCGGGCUGAGUGUUCAUCUCUCCCAAUCCCUCCUCGCUCAUUUAUUCUCAUACAACAUUACCUGGGGUGCAACCAAGAAAGAAGUCGAGCGUUCCAACUUUUGGAUUGAAGUGCCCAGGAUCCUUAGACGAUUCUGGAUUACUUUUGUUCUUUGUGUCAUAUUCACUGCCCUCAUGAUUAUCCUGCGCGUCCCCUUGCUUCCCAUUGCCUGGCGCGUCUCUGGGUCCAACUGGGCUGUCAUAUUACCUCUUGCCCUCACAGUUGGAUGCCACUUUCUCUACCCUAUCGUCUUGAACCCAUGGCUGAUGAUCUUCUCAUAUUAAGGUAGAGGUCUCAUCCGGCCAAUCCUUAUGAACUAUUGUCCCUAGACUCCCUGAUAUACUAAUUCGAACAAUUGAACAUUAUAUACUUCAUUCCCAUGCAUAGAUAAGCAUUGCACGUUGUUGUAUUGAAUUGAACACGCGGAUAUACUACGACUUGGUUGCU